AUGGCAGUUCCAUCCGUUUCUCACCUCUUGUCAUUCUUGGCACUAUUUGCCAUAGCUGCUGCUCAGAUCCCCGGUAACUUGCCCAUUGACGAGGCAGAAAAACAGUAUCUCGAAAGCCUGCCCCCUGACAAGCUGGCUGAUAUUCUUAAAAUCUACGAGCAGGGCAUUGCCGGCCAAUAUCCCGCAUCACCCGAUGUCAUUGAGGCACAGGAGCUCAUCUGGAGCUACGGGCAGAGCCCCCCCGUAUACCCGACCCCGCCGGGGAAGGGACUUGGAGAUUGGUCUAGUGCCUAUCAACAAGCAUCAGCACUCGUGGCUCAAAUGUCAAUUAAGGAGAAAGUAGCCGUAACAUCUGGGCAGACAACUGUCACGAAUGGAUGUGCUGGUAUGAUCCCAGGCGUGCAGCGCCUUGGAUUCCCAGGAAUGUGCCUCAGUGAUGGCCCUAACGGACUUCGGGAAGUUGAAGCUGUCAACGGUUAUGCAUCUGCCAUUACGGUUGGUGCCGCAUGGAAUAAAGAACUGGCUCUUGCCCGUGGUUACCACAUGGGUCUGGAAGCCAAAAGCAAGGGAGUGAACAACUUGUUGGGACCGACAGUAGGUCCACUCGGCCGCACUGUCCUUGGCGGCAGAAACUGGGAAUCUUUCUCCGUUGAUCCUUAUCUUUGUGGAGUUAUGGGAGCCCAAACAGUGUUGGGUAUACAGGAGAACGUCAUUGCAACGGCUAAACACUUCAUCGUUAAUGAGCAGGAAACUAACCGCAAUCCAAACACCUUUGGCAUGGGUAACGCUUCAAUUUCAGUCACUCUAGACGAUAAGACCAUGCAUGAACUAUACCUCUGGCCGUUCCAGGAUGUAGUCAGAGCCGGUGUCGGAUCGGUUAUGUGUUCAUAUAACCGAAUCAAUGGCUCUCAUGGCUGUCAGAAUAGCUACACCCAGAACGGCCUAUUAAAGACCGAGUUAGCCUUUCAAGGUUUUGUUAUCAGUGACUAUGGAGCUCUACAUAGUGGGACUGCCAGCGCGAACGCCGGUAUGGAUGUAACCACGCCUUUCGCCGAGAUAUGGGGGGGGGGGAACAUAAGCAAGGCGACUGCAAAUGGUACAAUGGAAGAAAGUAGGCUUGAUGAUAUGGUAACGCGCUGGUUCAAGUACGCGCAGUUUGAGCCCGGUACUGGGAUUGUCCCCGAUGUAUCAGAGCCACAUAAAGUCAUCAGCUCGAUCUCUCACAAGUCGAAGAAAACAAUCUUCCAAGGUGCAGUUGAGGGUGUUGUCUUGGUCAAGAAUUUCAACAACACCCUUCCCCUGAAAAAACCAAAGAUCUUAUCUUUGUUCGGCUAUGACGCUCAUGCACCUCUUAAGAACACGCCAGAAGGCGUUAAUACCAAGCAAAGUCUCGGAUUCCAGAGCGUUGAUGUCACCGACGAAGAAAUGCAAGGCCUUUUCAUGGGCAUCGGGCAGCUCCCUGGUGCUGCUCGUCUUGGCACGCUCGUGAGCGGCGGCGGCAGCCCUUCAAUUGUCCCCGCCUAUAUUAACUCCCCUCAUGAGGCCUUUCAACAACGCGCAUUGCAGGACAGCACGUUUUUGGUCUGGGACUUCGAGUCCCAAGACCCUGUCUAUGCAAAUGCUGCUUCUGACGCAUGUAUCGUCUUCAUUAACGAGUUCGCUGCAGAAGGCUCGGAUAGAUCAACGCUAGCCGAUCCUUGGUCAGACCAACUGGUCAAGAACGUGGCCGCCAAGUGUCCUAAUACAAUUGUAUCAAUCCACAAUGCUGGCACUAGAUUGGUAGACCAGUGGAUUGAUAAUCCAAAUGUCACCGCCGUUGUCUUCGCUCAUCUACCGGGUCAGGAUGCGGGCAGCUCGCUUGUUGAGAUCAUGUAUGGAGAUCAAGCCCCGUCCGGUCGUCUGCCGUACACAGUUGCUAAGAACGAAUCCGACUACGGCGACUUGCUGCUACCUGUAACAGCUGAUAAUACAUCUACCUACUACACGUCGGCCAACUUCACUGAAGGCGUUUACAUCGAUUACCGCCGGUUUGACGCGCUCAAUAUUACCCCAAGGUACGAAUUCGGCUUUGGCCUCACCUACACGACCUUUGAGUACGCAGAUCUCAAAUUGAGCGUCACCGCGAGAGGCGCCAACGCAUCGACCUUCCCGCCCCCCACGCCUGUUACCCAGGGUGGGUCUGAGUCCCUUUGGGACAUUUUGGCUAUCAUCCACGUGGACGUCAAGAACACCGGCGCCGUGGCCGCGUCCGAGGUCCCGCAGCUCUACGUCGGCAUCCCAAAUGCCCCGGCAAAGCAGCUGCGCGGAUUCGAGAAAGUACCCUUGCAACCGGAGGAGAGCAAGACAGCCAGCUUCUCGCUCACACGUAGGGACCUAAGCAUAUGGGAUGUGGUUCAACAAAGUUGGGUUCUCCAAGAGGGGGAGUAUAAGAUAUAUGUUGGCGCAAGCAGCCGUGAUGUGCGUCUGACAGGGAGUUUUGUCCUUUGAGGUUCAAAAGGCAAAAGAUAUAUGGGCCACCUUUUAAUUAUAAGCUGAGUAUUUAUAUUGCAAUAACUAUUCUA